CAGUGUUACUAAGGCAUUUUGUCCACACUCUCUGAUGAAUGGCGCUGUUGAAGGGAAAUAGCUAAUCAGCCGUCUGUAGGGACACAUUAUCCAUCCGGCUUUCGACUUCCCUGGAUGUAACUCACUCACUGACUGGAGCUCUGCUGUGUCUUCACCACCCUCUCAAAUGCCCCUCCCCUAUGUCUAACUAACUGCCCUCCAUCUCACCUGAGAGGAGCAGAAGACCUGUAACAACCCCCACCCCCCAAACAUACUACCACCUCUCCUCCUCCUCCUCCUCCUCCUCCUCUCUACUGUUCACCUGGACAGAGCAGGCACAAGACAAGCGACACACGAUGGACUGCAGCUAUGCUCUCAGCACUCAGAUAGUGUUUGCUGCUUGAUCUGCCUCUUUUUUUUCGGCGAGGAGAGGAAAAGAGGAGCGCAGAGAAGAAUUUGGAAUCAGGCUCUCCAGGAGCGUCACAGAAGUCAGCGGGGAAGAAGCCGGCCAAGUUUGUCAGGAUGAUUUUGGGAAGUAUCAACCGAACAGGGGCGGUCCCAACAUUUUUGCGGACCCCCACAGUGAUCCAGCCUCAUCUGGACAUGAAACCCUUCCUGCAGUUCCCCAUGGAAACACCCCCGCCUCACAGUGUUGGACUCUUCCACAAUUUUAACACAAUGGAUCCUGUUCAGAAGGCGGUGAUCAACCACACCUUCGGAGUCCCACUGGUUAAGACCAAGCGGCCCAUCAUCUCCUGUAAUGUCUGCCAGAUUCGAUUCAACUCAGAGAGUCAGGCAGAGGCCCACUAUAAGGGGAACCGGCAUGCCAGGAGAGUGAAAGGCAUCGAGACCUCUAAGACUCGUCCACAGGAAAGUGAUAAGCCUCUUCCUGGACCUACUUCCUCCCCAUCACCCCCAGGAGCCCCGACAGCCAAUACAGACACUGACUCCAGCAAAACAGAAGAGACGCAGCCCGUGUCACAGCUGAACAGGCCUGUGGUAGCGCAAGGGUCUGCGCCUGUGUCGGCUCCCCCUACCCCGGACUCCCCUGCUUCCUCUUCUGCUGCCCUCAUGCCAAGCCCUACCACUCCUCUUCCUCAGCCUGCAAGCAGCUCCUCACCUGGUUGUGGGUCUUCGAACCCGGAGCCUGCCGGAACACCAGGAGCGACUACGGCUACUCCUGGCAACGGAGAAACUGAGGAGGACAAAGCCAAGAAGCUGCUGUACUGCUCGCUGUGCAAAGUGGCCGUCAAUUCUCUCUCUCAGCUGGAGGCUCACAACAAAGGCACCAAACACAAAACCAUUCUGGAGGCCCGGAGCGGACUGGGUCCCAUUAAGGCGUAUCCUCGUCUGGGCCCCAAACCCAGUGGAGAGAGUGGGCCUACAGACCCCAACACUCAGGAACGCACCUUCCACUGUGAGAUCUGCAAUGUGCGGGUCAAUUCAGAACUGCAGCUCAAACAGCACAUAUCAAGUCGAAGGCACCGGGAUGGAGUAGCAGGGAAGCCCAACCCACUCCUGAGCCGACACAAAAAGCACAGGGGUGCAGACCUCACGGAUCUCACCAAAGCGCUGGGCGCUGGCCUCCUGCCCAGUCCUCUGGCUGUAGCUGCAGCGAUGGCAGCUGCCGCCUCGUCCAAUCCGCUAGCUCUCCGUGCCGCAGCUCCCACCCCACACCCUCAUCAUCAUCUCUUACAGGGACCGCCCCUUAGCCAUGCUAUUCUGAGACCGGCCCCAGGGCCAAUUCGCACCUCACAUGGGCCCAUUCUUUUCUCACCCUACUGACACACCCUUGUCCACUUCAGCCAGCCAGGAGAAGCAACUCCAAAAGCACACUGUGAAGAAAUCAAGUAGAAAAAUAAAUAGCAAACCACACAGCAAUGACUAGAAUGAUCUCAUCCACCAACUGCUCAAUUAUAAAGAGGUAAAAAAAAAAAAGCUGGAACAAAAGGAAAUGGAGGACAACAAAAGGAAAAGAUCUGACAAGAUUUUUAUUCCUUCUCUCCCUGGCCCUACCAUCCUCUUUUCUUUGAACUGACUGAGUGAGUGAUUAGCAAUGAAUAGAAAGACAGUAUAUAGUAAUUACUUCAGCUCAGCAUCUAUCUUUCCUUUCUUGUCACACACACAUACACACUGUGAGACAGAAGCUGUCAGAUAGGAACCGGAUGAAAGAAACAAACUGCUGAUGAGUUGUAUAACAUGUAACAUACCCAAAAAUGCACACAUACUAAAAGACUUCUACUUCUAACUGUUUCCAUAUAUACUGUGUACCACAGUACGAGUACUUUCUCUUCGUCCUGUUCGGCGUGUCCUGAGCCCUAUGCACCUUGGAGAAAAAAACAAAACAAAAAACAACAGAAACCCGUUCUGUCAGUAGGAUAGUUGCUUCGAGUGAUCUCCUCUUUAAUCAAUCCAUGUCCUAUGAAGUUCUGCCCUGUAAGACACUGUUAGCAUCUUUCCAGUAUGGAGAUGCUGCUCUGCAUAAUAUACAGACAUCGGUCCCUUGGAAGAACUACGGCAUUCAACAAGAAGUGAGAAUACGACCAGAGGGGAUGUUGUGCCUGUAUGUGUGUGUGCGUGACUAGAAGGCAGUCUGGGUUCAUGGCAGUAUGGGGAAACAUGCCCACAACACUAAGUGGCUACUACAGUUUGGAUUCAGAACAAACACUAACAUCGAAACACUUCCUGUGGGAAAAAUCCACCACCUUCUCUUCAAGAGAGAGGAAGACGUGAGCUGAUGAUCUGCUGUUUAGCAGAAAUCAACCUUCAGUUCCUAAAGGAAGACGAGUAGACAUUUGUUUAUUCUUGUGUAGUGUAGCAUAGUCCAAAACUUCCAAGUUGGCUGAUAUUGGUAGUAUCACAUAAAUGAAAAAAAUAUAUAUACAUGUGUUAUAGAGAAGAUGGAAUAGCUGUUAGUUGGCUUAAUGAUGAUGGUGGUAGAUGGAUGGUGGGGUUCUUACAGAGAAAGGCAUUAUAACAGGGGUGUCCAAACUGCUUUCUUCCUUUGGAGCCUAUUGGGGCUUAAAUAGAUUUAAGGAAUCAAGUUUUACUUGUGAUAUACUUGCUUUGACCGCUGGGUGUCACUAUUGUGUAAAUUUGAAUCUAAAAAACCUUCCUUCUCUGUUCACACUCUUUUUUAUCAUUUAUAUGGUUAAUUCUACAGAUCUGUAUUACUAAGGUUUCAGGUGAACAUGAUUUCACCAAUGAGACAAAAAAAGAAAAGAAAUGGAAAUACAAGUAUCUGGCAAAAAUGACUACUGAAUCUGUGGUGGCUUGUCUAUAGGGGCAGGUGGGGCAGAGCACAACUUUUAUAUAUAUUCAGCUAUUUAACAAACCUUAAUGUUCCCUUUUAAACAUUUUAAAUUCCUCUUAAAUAGCAGUGACUGAUAGUAAGGGUAAUUGUUGCUAUUUAAUUGAUAGAACCCCACUUGCUACUGCACCUAGUGUGUCAACAAGGUGUCUGAAAUGCAAGAAGGGCUAAUAAAGGCUGGAAUAGGGCAGGAAUCCUGCUGCCUCAUCUCGAGGGAAGAACAGCAGACAGGGCAGGUAAUGAGGUUGCAGAAAAUCCACAGGGACCUUGCUUCAGGCUGUGAAAAAAAUAAUAUGCAAACCAUGUCUCCUGUCUCUAAUACUGAAUAUUUUAGGUUAAGUCUUUUGUAUGUGUAUUAUCGUGGAGGCUAAAAACUAGCAAUCCUGACUAAUAAUAUUAGCUCCAUAGUGUUUAUAUCACACACAGGAAACACAUGUGCUGUAUCAAACACAGCUAAUAGCAGUCUAUAGCGUAAGGCAUGUGUGAUAGCCUUUAAGGUAAACUAGUUUAAGGCUAUAUUGUUAUUGAUGUUAUCGUGCCCCACCAGUAUCUAUGGUCACAAGCCACUGCUGGACUGAGUUCAGAGAAAAAUCUGUGUAUUCUAUUUGGAAUGAAUAUAAUGAGUGAAUGAAAAUGCAUAUAACUCACCAAAUAAGAUCACCUAAAGAAAGUGGGAAAUAAAUAUUGGACUAAGAAUUGUAUUACUGCAUAUGUGGCCUGGGUGAAUAUUAUUUUCUUUAUCCUGCUCCCAAAAAAAUGUUUGGACACCCCUGCAAUAUAAGCAAAGGUUUGGACUUGCACAGUCUCCUAUGUCCAUCCCAUCUCUCUUUGUCUCUCUCUCUCUCUCUCUCUCUGUCUCUCUCCCUCUCAUAUACACAAGUUAUGCAACCUCAACAGAAAGGCCAGCAAUAUGAACCGUGAUCUUUCUCUAUCAUUUCCUCCUCCUACAUCCCAGCUAAAAUCAAUCCUGAACUCUGUCACCUGUCCCUGUGAGGAGUGGAGGAAAGGACAACGCUUUAAGGAGGAGAGAGGGGCAGGGAAAUGAAAAAAUGGAAUGAAUAAUAACUAACCAGGAAGAAUGACAGCGACAUCGCAAGGGGACGAGACUGUUCUCCCGUUCUUUGGUCUGAACUUCCUGUCUUGAAUCUAAAGCCAUGCAAUGCAUAUAAUUUCUAUUCUUUUACUACGGUUGAUUUAAUGUUAUUGUUUUGUCGUUGUGGUUAUUAUUAUUAUUAUUAUUAUUAUUAUAAUUUUUUUUUUCAUUUUCAUAAAACACUGUUUUGUUGAUUUACAGAAUUAGUGAUGUGAAGACUGUGGUGGGGGAAAAAUACACCCAAAAAUAUUUUUUUAAGUCGGUUUGAAAUUCAGUGGGGAUGUGGCCUACUCGCUGUAUGUGGGGUAACAGAAUUAUUCAUUUAGAAAACAAGACCAAUCAUAACAUUGGAGGGAUUUUCCAUAAGGUACUGAUGGACACACCUAAAGCCCUUCCAUGACAAGUGAUGCGCUAAAAUGUCUUAGGGUUUGGAUAUUUUCAAUGCAAUAAGCAAUCAAAUGACGUGACUUGCUCUAGAUGAACAUAAACCAAAUGUACAGGGUUCUGUAAACUGAUUUGUGUGUGCCUACUGAUGGGAAUCUGUGUUCGUCCACGGCGAUGUUUUCCUUCUCAGUGCAGCAGGAAGGGCUGUGAUGGACUCUCACUCGCCCUUCGCAUAAAAAAAGGGCCUUAUGAAUCUUUGAUAAGGGCACAAAAUACAGGAAAUCUGAGUGAAAAUAAUAUAUAGUCUGCCAUACCGUUUGCAUAGCAUAUGUAGCUAAGUUUCAAGAUUUCAUUGUUGCGGUUUUUUUUUUUGUGUGUGUGUGUGUGUGUGGUCAACAGGUUUCGUAAGUACAGUAUCAUUAUCAUGAUAAUGCCAUUACAGAAAUGCUAACACAUGUUAGCGUCCACCAUUGUGCUUUGAUUAAAGUGACCUCUAUUAGGAGAUGUAUUUUAUUUUUCUCAUUAAUUAGUGAGGCACUAGCAAGGGUGCUAUAGUUCUCGUCAUUGUAUAUCUUCUAGCGUUUGUGAGUGUAUAUCAGACAGAAAUCAAUCAAGCUGGACCGAACGACUUGUAUCAGAGCUCAGCAGGCUGUGGUGCUGUGUUCACCGAUCUGCAGUAAGCACCAAUCACACAGAAGCUUCAGCGAUGCCAUGUCAGGCUGCAAACUCCAAGGAGUAACAGCGAUUCACUUCCCAGCAUAGUCCAUAAGCAUGAAACGGACACACUUAGAUCCAUCUGUGAACUCUAUAAAGAAUACGUUCAUCCUGUAGUCAUCCCCAGAAGGAGCAUUGUCAGUGUACAUAAAUGUUUGGAGUCCUUUGGUAGAUUCAUCCAAUCUUUCAGGGCGGGUGUAAUGUUAGUGAUGAAGUGUGUUUUAGCCGUAGCCUUAUUCCACCCUAAGCCUCUCCAGGAGCAGAGAAAAGGGAAACCCUGAGAAGCUUUUGGUCAAACCUUGUCUUGCCAAUAAAGUUAUUUUUUGAAUUUGUCAGAGGGACAAAAAGAGUAUGUAUGGUGAAACGUAGCAAUAUUCAACCCAUACCGGCUACUCUUGUUUAUUGCAAUAAGGAGAUCAACCAAUAAAUGCAUAGCCUAUGUGAGUAAAAUACUAUAGAUGUAAUUUAAAUAAAACAGAACUUUAUGGAAAACAUUAUUGAUAUUAAAAGAACCCUGGAGUUACCACAGGGAAGAAAAUGUCUAUAAAUCAAUAAAGACUAUUAAACCUAA